GUUAGUUGGAGUGGAGCUGAUGGAGGGUAAUGAACAUUGAAUAUUUUUUAUUCGUUGUCAUUCUCAUAAAAGUCACGACACGCGAAAGGUAUAUUCAUUCCCUCAUAUCAUAUCGUCAUCGUCAUCAGUUCCAAAUCUAAUACAGAAGUGAUAUUGUGAGAAUCAUCGGGGAUUUUCAAGAUCUUAAGAAACGUAAGAAGCUUUGCGGUUGUGAAAUUUAAUUAGCAAAUUUAUUGUUGUUUUUUACUUCAAAUUAAAUUCAGUAAAAAGCUAUGACAGAAUUAAGACCCCUGUCUGAAAAUUUGCAAGAACGGUCUAUAAAUGAAUUAAAUGAAAAUCCCGACAGUUUGCUAAGUGACUUAAAAAUUUUACGCGAAUGGGUUAAACAGCAAUCUCAUAUCCGUGCUCGAACUUCAGAUCAGUUUUUGGUGGCUUUUCUGAGAGGAUGCAAAUUCAAUCUCGAGAAGGCAAAAAAGAAAUUGGAGAAAUAUUACAGUCUUCAAGUUGGAAUACCUGAGGUUUUCAACAACCGAUUGGUUGAUGAUGAGAAACUCUUGGAAAUUAUUCGCAUGGGAGUCAUAUUGAAACUGCCAAUACCGAAGGACAGUGAAGGACCCUGUAUCAAUAUAAUUCGAGCCACAAUUUACGACACAAAUGUUUACAAAUUUGCUGAUGUUCUUCGUCUGGGGGUGAUGUUGGGUGAAAUUAUGAUGUUAGAGGAUGACAAUUCAGUAAUAAGUGGUUACAUUGAGAUUAUGGACAUGCAGAAUGUUGGAGCUAGUCAUCUCUUCCAGCUUCAUCCGAAUUUACUAAGGAAAUGUUCCGUCUAUGCCGAUGAGGCAAAUCCCAUGCGACAGAAGGGCACACAUUUUAUAAAUGUUCCACCUGCGUUUGAUUUUGGAUUCAGAGGCCUGAAGGCUAUAUUCCCCGAGAAGGUUACGAAAAGGAUUUUUGUACAUCCUGACAAAAGUGAAACACUUUACAGUCAUGUACCGAAAAAGUAUUUACCAAUAGAAUAUGGAGGAGAAAAUGGAACAAUUGCUGAAAUAAUUGCAUCGACUGAGAAGAAAUUCCUGAGUUAUCGGGAAUAUUUCAAAGAAGGUGUGAAUUUUGGAAUCAAAAAUAAAAUUAAACAUAAUGAAUGCAAUCCUGCGAAUAUAAAUAGUUUCUUUGGAUUAAGGAAUUCAUUUAGGAGAUUUAGGUGUGAUUUUACUGAAGUCGUCAAACGCAGAAUCAUGCCAAACAUACGACCAUUGAGUGACAAGCUACAGUUAAAGGCCAUAGAUGAACUUCAUGAAGUUCCCGGCAGACUGGACGAGGAUAUUGCCAGUUUGCGAAGUUGGAUUGAAAAACAGUCGUAUUUGAAGGCACGCACAGAUGAUCAAUUUCUGGUGACAUUCCUGCGAGGAUGUAAAUUUAGUUUGGAGAAGGCCAAGGAUAAAAUUGACAAAUAUUAUACCCUGAGGACGAUUUAUGAGAGUUCGCUAACUUGUCGGAAUGUGGACGAUGCCAGGGUACAGGAAGUCUUUCAAUUGGGCAUAACAUCAGUUUUACCAAAUCCUCUUGGUGAAGAUGGUCCUCGUAUUUUGAUCAUCCGUGUUGGAGCUUACGCGGCUGACAAAUAUACACUAACAGAAAUCAUGCGAGCCAGUACAGCUUUGCAACAGCUGGUAAUGCAAGAAGAUGACAAUGUUGUCGUUAGUGGUUACGUUCAAAUCCUCGACUUUACCGAUGUUACAACAGCCCAUUUCUUUCAACUAAAUCCUUCGUUUAUGAAACGAUUUUCUGUGUUCACCGAAGAAGCAUUGCCAUUGCGUAUGAAGAGUGCCCACUUCAUAAAUACCCCAAUUGGUUUUGAGACAGUCUUCAAUUCCAUUAAAUCACUAAUGCCAGUUAAAAUGCAAGAAAGAUUAAUAGUUCAUGGAAAAAAUACUGAAGAACUUUAUCAAACCGUACCUCUAAAAUAUCUUCCUAAGGAUUAUGGUGGUGAAAAUGGAUCAUUUGAGGAAAUAACAAAUUUUUGGGCUAAGAAAGUUGUUGCCCAUUUGGACUUCUAUAAGGAAGAUGCUCAAUAUAAGACUGAUGAAAAAUUACGACCAGGAAAGCCUGCCAGUUUUGAUAAUGUUUUCGGAACAGAGGGAUCUUUCAGGAAAAUUGACGUAGAUUAAGAACUAAACUAGUAACUUUAAAUUUUUUUAUUUUAUAAUGUAUGCAUUUUUUUUAAUAUUUAAGUACAUAAUUGUUUUUAAAUAAAAAAAAAAUAUUUAUAUGUAAUGGUUGAUUUAAUAAAAGGUAGUUAUUCUUUUUA